AUGUCUUUUCAGCAAAAACAUAGGAUUGAAAAAGAUACCUUUGGUGAUAUUCAAGUUCCUGCGGACCGGUAUUGGGGAGCCCAAACACAAAGGAUGAAGUCUGAUAUUGAUCUUCAUCUUGAAAGGUCUCUCCAAAACUUUAAUAUUGGUGGACCCACUGAACGCAUGCCUGAACCUUUAAUAAAAGCAUUUGGUAUCGUAAAGAGGGCUGCCGCUACUGUUAAUAUGUCUUAUGGUCUUGACCAAACGAUAGGCAAUGCCAUUAUCCAAGCUGCAGAUGAGGUGAUCGAAGGAAAACUUUUAGAUCAUUUUCCAUUAGUCGUUUGGCAGACUGGAUCUGGGACACAAACUAACAUGAACGCUAAUGAGGUCAUUGCGAAUCGUGCUAUCGAAAUUUUGGGUGGUCAACUUGGUAGUAAAAACCCUGUGCAUCCCAACGACCAUGUAAACAUGAGCCAAUCAUCCAACGACACUUUUCCCACCGCAAUGCACGUGUCUGCUUCCAUAGAAAUAAACAAGAGACUUAUUCACGCUUUGACACGUUUGCAUGAUGCUAUUUAUGACAAGUCAAAAAGCUUUGCAAAUAUAAUCAAAAUCGGAAGAACACAUUUGCAGGAUGCAACACCACUUACUCUUGGAAAUGAGUUUUCUGGAUACGCACAACAAUUGGCAUUUGGAAUAGAACGUGUUAAGGCAACUCUUCCAAGGCUAUAUUAUCUUGCACAAGGUGGUACAGCUGUUGGCACUGGGUUGAAUACCUUCCCAGGAUUUGAUGUUAAAAUCGCGGCUGAAAUCUCAAAAAUCACUGGAUUGCCAUUCCAGUCAGCUCCAAAUAAGUUCGAGGCAUUAGCAGCUCAUGAUGCCAUAGUUGAAGUUAGCGGAGCUCUUAACGUUCUUUCAGUAUCUAUAAUGAAAAUUGCUAAUGAUAUUCGUUUCCUUGGAUCUGGCCCUCGUUGUGGACUUGGUGAAAUUUCACUUCCCGAGAAUGAACCUGGUUCAUCGAUUAUGCCUGGUAAAGUUAAUCCAACACAAUGCGAGGCAAUAACUAUGGUGGCGGCUCAAGUUAUGGGAAAUAAUACCGCAGUUACAAUCUCUGGCUCAUAUGGCCAUUUCGAAUUAAAUGUUUUUAAACCAGUAUUAAUUAAAAACCUCCUCCAUUCAAUCCGAAUUUUGAGUGAUGCAAGUGAAUCCUUCACGAACAAUUGUAUUGUGGGAAUAAAAGCGAAUGAAAAGAAGAUAAAUGAAAUUAUGAAUCAAAGUUUGAUGCUUGUAACUGCGCUUAAUACCCAUAUUGGUUAUGAUAAGGCUGCUUCUGUGGCGAAGAAGGCACAUAAGGAAGAUUUAACACUUAAAGAAGCCGCCAUUAAAUUGGGCGUCUUGACGGAAAGCCAAUUCAAUGAAUGGGUCAAACCCGAAAAAAUGCUUGCAGGUGACAUGCCAAGUGGACAUAGCCCGCAUGCCACUUCACCGUAUAAUGCCUCAAACUUAUUGAAAGUCCUUGUAAGGAUACCUUUCAUAUCUACUUUUCGCCCCAUGCGAGCUUUAACCGUAACCGUUACCACCAGAGGAUGA